UAUAACACACCUUUACUUCGUCAAACACAGACUUCGUCUCAAAGUUUGAACCGCUGUCAACGCACACCUCUCGUGUCUUUGAGGUAUGCCUGUGGACAUCAGUGCGUCUCCGGACAGGUAACCAGGUGUGUUGCUGCCGUCAUGGCCUUGCCAACCCUGCGGCUGUUUCCUGUCACCGUGGUCACGGUCCUGGUGGCGCUGGUGUCGUCUUCUGGGGACAAUGAGUGGGACUUUAACCCAGCUCAGUGUCGGUACGCCCUCGGGAUGGAGGAUGGCGCCAUCCCAGACUCUGACAUCACUGCCUCCAGCGCCUGGUCGGACUCGACUGAGGCCAAACAUGGAAGGUUGAGCACCGGAGAGGGGGAUGGGGCGUGGUGUCCUGCAGGAGCCGUGUUCCCCAGUGGAUCAGAAUACCUUCAGGUGGACCUGCACAAACUCCACUUCCUAGCUCUGGUUGGUACUCAGGGUCGUCACGCCGACGGGCACGGCCAGGAGUUUGCCCGCAGUUAUCGGCUCCGCUAUUCCCGAGACGGAGUGAAAUGGAUCACCUGGAAGGACCGCUGGGGAAAAGCGGCGGUGUCGGGGAACGAGAACACCUAUGAUGUGGUUCUGAAAGACCUGGGCCCCCCCAUCGUGGCCCGCAUGGUGCGCUUCUACCCACUGGCUGACCGAGUUAUGAGCGUUUGUCUCCGGGUGGAGCUCUACGGUUGUCUUUGGAAUGAUGGGUUGACGGCUUACACGGUUCCAGUGGGUCACGUCAUGCAUCUGUCUGGCAUAUCUGGCAUGCCCGUCUAUCUGAACGACACCACCUACGACGGGAGCACCGAGCAAGGGCUGCAGUUUGGCGGCCUGGGUCAGCUGUGUGACGGCGUCCUAGGAGGAGACGACUUCAUACAAACCAAAGAGCUGAGGGUGUGGCCGGGGUACGACUACCUGGGCUGGAGCCGGGAAGCCCUCGGGUACGGCAGCGUGGAUAUUGAGUUCCACUUUGAGAAGCCACGUGUCUUCCACUACAUGCAGGUGCACAGUAACAACCGCCACACUCAGGGCGUGCGAGUCUUCAGCAAGGUCGAGUGUCUUUUCAAGCCGGGCCUCCUCCAGCCUUGGUCCACGGAGCUCACUCUGCCCGUGCCCCUUGAGGAUCUGAAAGACCCCUCCUCGCGACCCAUCACCCUCCCGCUGGGCGGCCGGCCGGCUCAGAUCCUCCGCUGCAAAUUCUACUUUGCCGACAGCUGGCUCCUCAUCAGCGAGAUAUCCUUCCUCUCGGAGCCGUUUGAGGAGGAUGCAACAGAGAAGGAUUCAUUUCUUCCCAAUCCUCCCAAGAUCACGACCACCAGUUCCUCUCCUUCUCUUGUCAACCUCACUUCUUCCUCUCCCACGUCCAACCACAGCUCCCCCAACACCACUGCCGGCCCCUCAGAUGCCGAAUUUGGUGCCAUCACACCAAGGGCGGGGCUUCCUGUAGCCAAGGAUGACAGCAGUAAUACGGCUAUUCUGAUUGGCUGCCUGGUGGGCAUCAUCCUUUUGCUGCUGGCUGUGAUAGCUGUCAUUCUGUGGAGGCAGUACUGGAAGAAGAUACUGGGCAAGGCCCAGGGGAGCCUCUCCAGUGACGAGCUGCGGGUUCACCUGUCGGUCCCCUUGGACAACGUGGUCAUCAACAACACACACAGCUACUCCAGCCGCUACCAGCGCAUCCACACUUUCCCCGACGACCGCGACCAUGACAGAGAGGGAGAGGGAGAGUAUCAAGAGCCCAGCGCUCUGCUGCGGCCGAGGGACCCCAGAGACGGCACAGAUCACAGAAAAGGCUCGAGACCCCUAGUCGUCCCCCGCGCCGCGCAGGAAAAGAGCCUCAAUGUGCCGCAGGCCUGUGGGUUGGACAUGGAGAAGGGUUUCCCCACCACCCAAGAGGAGCCUCCUCCCUACCCCGGCUCUCCUCCGUACCCCUCCCUGUCUCCCCCCGUUUCUCCCCCAAUGCCUCCCAGCGUCCCUCAUUACGCCGAGGCGGACAUCGUGAGCCUGCAGGGGGUCAGCGGUAACAACACCUACGCCGUGCCCGCCUUGGCCUCCUCGAGCCCCGGAGCCGACGGCGCCCCGCUGCCGGAGCUGCCGCGCCAAUGCCUCAUCUUCAAGGAGAAGCUGGGAGAGGGACAGUUUGGAGAGGUUCACCUGUGUGAAAUCGAGAACCCUCAGGACCUUCCCAACUUGGAGUUCCCCUUCAAUGUGAGGAAAGGUCGCCCUCUUCUGGUCGCCGUGAAGAUCCUCCGCCCGGACGCCUCCAAGAAUGCCAGGAACGACUUCCUGAAAGAGGUGAAGAUCCUGUCUCGGCUGAAGGACCCGAACAUCAUCCGCCUGCUGGGCGUGUGUGUGAGCAGCGACCCCCUCUGCAUGGUCACCGAGUACAUGGAGUGUGGAGACUUGAACCAGUAUCUGUCCCAUCGGGUGCUUCUGGACAAGACGGGACUUUCACACAACACCCCGACCAUCAGUUACCCGGCCCUCAUCGCCAUGGCCAGCCAGAUCGCGUCAGGCAUGAAGUUCCUCGCCUCGCUCAACUUUGUGCACCGGGACCUGGCCACGCGUAACUGUCUGGUCGGGGGCGAGCGGGGGGAGAGCGGAGAGGAUCAGGGCGGCGAGCGUCACAUCAAGAUAGCCGACUUUGGCAUGAGCAGGAACCUUUACGCAGGAGACUACUACCGGAUCCAGGGCAGGGCGGUGCUGCCCAUACGCUGGAUGGCCUGGGAGUGUAUCCUCAUGGGUAAGUUCACCACGGCCAGCGACAUGUGGGCGUUCGGGGUCACGCUGUGGGAGAUGCUGAGCGUGUGUCAGGAGCAGCCGUACUCCAACCUCACCGACGAACAAGUCAUCGACAACGCCGGGGAGUUCUUCAGAGACCAGAGCCGACAGGUGUACCUGAGCAGGCCGGCGGUGUGUCCUCAGGGUCUCUACGAGCUCAUGUUGAGCUGCUGGAACCGAGACUGCAAGCUCCGCCCCGCCUUCGCCGACAUCCACUCCUUUCUGACCGAGGACGCCAUGAACAUGGUGUAGAGAAGGACACGGAGGGAAGAGGAGAAACGCCUCGUACCUUUCUGCGUCCCUGCUGCCGGGGGGGAGGGGGGCGUGGCGGAGGCAGAAGAGAGGGCGGCGUGCGUCGCUCGCUCGCUUUUAUAUUUGUACUUUAGUGGGUGGACGGGGCUGAGGCGCCGCUGGCUCGGUGUAUUUCCACAUCAGACCCCCCCCCGACCCCAAAGGCAAAACUAACCCCCGCUUAGACGGGUAGCAGUCCGAGCGACAUUUCACUGGUGACGGGUGCAGUCUGCAGAGGAGCUCUCUCUCCUCGCGGGUGCUUUAUUAUUCGGGGGCUUUGUGUUGCUGCUGCUGUAGAGUUGAGGACACAGGAAGCUGCUGGGGCUACAUGCAGGCUAACGGCACACCUGCUGGUUAGACAUGGAAGUGCACGUGCAGGGGUUGUCUUAGUACUUAUAGUAUGUAUAACCUAAUCAGUUAGACCACUCCACGCUGAGGCGCAACACAUGAUCAUUUGACCAAGUCGAUGAAAACAUUUUCAGACAUGGCUGAUUGACAACUUUCGACACUCCUCAUCUCACCCCAAAAAAACAGUGGCCCUCAUCCACAGCCGUGACUCCCAAGUUAUUGUGGACUAAUGUGAAAUGAUGUGGACCAGACAACGGCAGUAUUUCUGCAUUGCAAUUACAUCAGCUAUCACCCCCCCCCCCCUCGCCCCCCUGCCAGUUGCAAGCCAUUUUAAACUCAUGAAGCCAGAGAGAAGAACUGUGCCCCCGAUGCCAAUGUGGACUUCUAAAACUUGAGGAAGGGGCUCAGAGGAGGGUCUGCUGCUGCCGAUGAGACGGGACCCACAAAUGGAAAGGUUUUUUUCCACACGGAGACGAUACUGCCACCUGGGGCGGAGGCGGGACAUCCUCCGAUGCGCCUGCUCGGGUGUUUUGGCAUCUUUGUAUCUGGCAGCGACUCAGACACAAAGGAUAGAAAGAGAAUUCCACAACCAGCUGCACUUUAAAUCCUACAUGGGUCGGGGUUAGGCCACGACGGACUCCUCUCUGCCCGAUAUGAUUCCUGUCGGUGUGGAUUCGAAUGCAUUUCACCUGCAGUCAUUUCAGUUUUUUUACGAAUGAAGAGCAAAAAUCGGGACGGUCCGUCUUCCUCGUUAAGUCCUCUCCCUUCAAGGCAUCGCCAAACCAUGAGAUGUUUAUUUUAAAGGAAUGGCACCAUGAAUUCAUCUCAUUUUAAAUGUAUGGCAAACUUUUUUUUUCGAUUUUCCAAACACACACUGUUACGUUAUUACUCACAAUUCUGACUUUCCCCAUGUCAGUAUAUUACGCUGACGCGGUAGUCGAUGCUAUCUACCUGACUGAUGCGUAUAGCAGUGAAUCAGUCCCGAGGAUCCAUUAAUCCAUGUUUACUGAUCGUCAAUGGUUGGUUCAUUUGAGUCAUUUUUGAUACGAUGUAGUUCAACUAAACCCAUAUUUUUAUAUAUACUUUAUGUACUUGGACACUCCUUGAUGUUCGAUUUCGUCGUGUGUGUCUUUUUAGGUUGAGCAUAAUAGUAUGUACAUAUUAAGGACAGAAUUGUAAUUUCCUUUACUAAUAUAUGGAAAACUCUUCGUAACAUUUGGGGUCUUCUGUAUCUCUGUAGAACGCUUGCUACCUUGAUGCCAUGGUAAUUCAUCGUUGUCUAUUUUUGUAGAUGUUUUAAUAAAGUUAACCUUUUCAAAAAAUUCAA